GUAGUGGCAACAUCUUAUUGGAGUUUAUUUAUUUGUGACAUUUUUGACAUUUCUACAAUUAGCCGUACCGAAAAAAAAGAUUUGGUCUUUGGAUUCUACAUAAAAUAACAAAUAAAGGCUUUAGAAUAAAUACAAUUAGACCAAAUUGCAUCAGCCAUGUCUGAGUCCUAUGAAUAUUUGUUUAAAUUCUUAGUGAUAGGAAGUGCGGGUACAGGAAAAUCAAGUCUUCUUAACAAUUUUAUAGGAAAUAAAUUUAAAGAAGAUCGAUGUCAUACGAUCGGGGUAGAAUUUGGAUCUAAGAUUAUAAAUAUAGGAGGCAAAUCAACAAAACUACAAAUAUGGGACACAGCAGGACAAGAAAGAUUCCGUUCAGUUACACGAUCAUACUACAGAGGAGCUGCUGGAGCGUUACUUGUAUAUGACAUUACAUCUCGUGACUCUUUUAAUGCUUUAUCUAACUGGUUAAGAGAUGCGAGGACAUUGGCAAGUCCUAACAUAGUCAUAUUACUUGUCGGCAAUAAAAAAGAUUUAGAGGAAUCAAGAGAAGUAACUUUUACUGAAGCUAGUCAAUUUGCACAGGAUAAUGAACUGAUGUUUCUUGAAAGUAGUGCAAAGUCUGGAGAAAAUGUCGAAGAAGCAUUCUUGAAAUGUUCUAAAACAAUUCUUGCUAAAAUAGAGACUGGAGAAUUGGAUCCUGAAAGAAUAGGUUCCGGAAUACAGUAUGGAACAGGAACCUCUAAGAGAUUAUCGGCACCAAAGAAGACUGUAAGAGCACCAUCAGAUUGUGCCUGCCAUGUGUAGCAAGUUUUAAUUUUUAAGUUUAAAGUAAUCAAAAAAUAAUCCUUAAUUGGAUUCAUAACUCUCUCUUUGAAUGUGAUGUACUUUGUUUAUAACAUAUCAGUCAGUGCAAAGGUAGAAGACCUAAAUCGGCAAAAUGUAACUUUUGGUAAAAGAGGUUUAUAGCUAUUUUCUU